AUGCGAGGGCUAUAAAACCAGUGGCCAGGCCAGAAGCGACAUCAUUCAGCUUCCACAGUUUCUGCAAAGAACAACCCAACAACCAAACUAAACUAAAAUGGCAUUCAAGUUCGUGUUCGCUCUUGCUUUCGUGGCCGUCGCCAGCGCUGGUUACGCCCCCAUUGCCGCCCCCCAGGUCUACCACGCCGCCCCUGCUGUGGCCGCCUAUGCCGCUCCCGUGGCCGUGGCCCAGAAGGUCGUCGUCAAGGCCGCUGAGGAGUACGAUCCUCAUCCCCAGUACCGUUUCUCCUAUGGAGUCGACGACAAGCUGACCGGCGACAACAAGGGACAGGUGGAGGAGCGUGAUGGCGAUGUGGUCCGCGGAGAGUACUCCCUGAUCGAUGCCGAUGGCUACAAGAGGACCGUCCAGUACACCGCCGACCCCAUCAACGGAUUCAACGCCGUCGUGAACCGUGAACCCCUCGUCAAGGCUGUCGCCGUUGCCCCCGUUGUCAAGACCAUCGCCCCCGUGGCCACCUAUGCCGCCCCUGCCCAUUACGCCGCUCCUGCCAUCGUCAAGACUGUGGCUCCAGUUGCCCACUACGCCGCUCCUGCUGUCGUGAAGACCGUUGCCCCCGUGGCCCACUACGCCGCUCCUGCCGUGGUCAAGACCGUGGCCCCCGUUGCCCACUAUGCUGCCCCCGCUGCCUAUACCUCGUACGCUGCCCCCGCCGUUGCCUACCACCACUAAGCACAAUAAGCCAUCCACCAAACCCCUAAAAUCCUAAUUGUUAUAGUUAUACGAAAGCCCCCAAGAUAAAAUAAACAAAUAUUUUUCAUAUAA